AUGAAGCUCGCCGUCACCGCCACGGCGGUCCUCGCCGGACUCGCCCAGGCCAACUACCUGGUCGCCGUUGACAAGAUCGCGGCCCAGGCACCGACCGCGACUGCUCGGCCGCUCAUCUGGGCGCCGCCGCCGAAGCACGACUUCCCUGCACCAGGAGACCCGGCUCCGACAAGCGUCGUCCAGACUCAGGUAACCCGGGUCUUCACCCCGCUGCCCUCGCCCUCGCCUGUCACUGCUACGACGAAGGUCUCUGCCUCGACCAAGGCCUCUGCUACAACGAAGGCCAGCGCCUCGACGAAAGCCAGUGCCUCAACCAAGGCCUCUGCUACAACGAAGGCCAGCGCCUCGACUAAGGCCUCUGCUACAACGAAGGCCAGUGCCUCGACGAAGAAGCCCACCACUACCUCCAAGAAGGACACUACCUCGACGAAGAAGCCCACCACUACAUCCAAGAAGGAUACUACCUCGACGAAGAAGCCCACCACUACAUCCAAGAAGGACACUACCUCGACGAAGAAGCCCACCACUACAUCCAAGAAGGAUACUACCUCAACGAAGAAGCCUACUACUACCUCCAAGAAGGACAAUGUCACACCUUGCAAGUCUUCUUCCGCCAAGAAGCCGGUUACGACUCCAUGCAAGAGCUCCUCUACCAAGAAGCCGGUUACGACUCCAUGCAAGAGCUCCUCUACCAAGAAGCCGGUUACGACUCCAUGCAAGAGCUCCUCUACCAAGAAGCCCGUCACGACUCCCUGCAAGAGCUCCUCUACCAAGAAGCCCGUCACGUCUCCCUGCAAGAGCUCCUCUACCAAGAAGCCCGUCACGUCUCCCUGCAAGAGCUCCUCUACCAAGAAGCCCGUCACGACUCCCUGCAAUAGCUCCUCUACCAAGAAGCCUGUUACAACUCCCUGCACCACCCUUAAGAAGAUCGUCACUCCCUGCAAGUCUUCUACUAAGGUCACUACAACUCCCUGCAACACGGCCAAGAAGUCAACCAUCCACAAGAUCAUUACGUCAACCCGCCGCGCAAACAUCACCAGCGCCGUCGUUCACAAGACCUCCGCUAUCGUCGUCGUUGUGCCCCCCUCCUCAAAGCCCGUGGCCGUCUCUACGCAGCGCGCUGUUCCCGUAAAAUCCCCGUGCCCUACGGUGACUCGAUACCAGAACUCUACGGCGACUGCUGCCCGCCCUCACGUCAAAUCAGCUCAACCUCCCGCUCAACCUCCUGCACAGCCUCCGGCCAAGUCUCCCACUCAGCCGUCUGUUAAGCCCCCCGUCAAGCCGCCUGUCGAGCCGUCCCCGCCCACCCCAAGCAAGCCUUCCACUGUCCCCACCGCUGGCGGCAACAACGUCAAAGUGUCCUUGAGUCUUGCAAGUGUUGUCCUUGUCGCCAUCGCCUUCUUCUAG